AUCCAACCGUCUUCCACUCCCCUUCUAUCCACACGGAUAAGCAUAAAUCCACUGCACUUCAGCAAAACUACUGCCAAAUCUUAACGAUGUUUUCCGCAUCCUCAUCCUUAAGCUCCUCCUCCCAUUUCUUCGGACAAAAACUCGCCGUAAUGGACUGCCAACGUUCUUCCCCAAAGUCCCUCAAGUUCCGUGCCUCUCCUAUCUCCGCCGCUUGCACUGCAACCGCCGAGAGGACCGGGUCCCACGUCACCUCUUCGGCGUCACUUUACGAGGUCCUCGGCAUUCAGAUGGGUGCCUCCUGUCAGGAGAUCAAAGCAGCUUACAGAAGACUAGCGAGAGUGGUCCACCCCGACGUUUCAGCUAACGGUCAAAGGGAUGGUCAGACUUCUGCGGGCGAGUUCAUCAAGGUCCAUGAAGCGUAUACGACGCUGUCGGAUCCGGAGAGACGCGCCGAUUACGAUCGCUUGCUUUACGGCCGUACGCGGCGGACGGCGAGUUAUUCUACGGGGAUGGCAACGCGUGCGGCUACGACGGAUUUCCAAUUUUCUAGAAAAUCAGGGCGGAGAUGGGAGACCGAUCAAUGCUGGUAGCCCCAAAAGAAAGCAGGAAGAUUCAUUAGGUUAAAAUUAGAGAUGGAGAUGAUCUUAAUUAGGACUUGAAGAAUGACACCGAGGGUAUUUAAGGGAUAUUGUGUCAGAAUGACACCGUGUAUAAAUGUAGCACGAAUCUUUUCUAAGUGUGAACAGGCGCCUUUUAAUAGCCUGAUUAAUAUAUGAAAUUUUACAUCUUCCUUA